ACUCAGUCAGGAAGGUAAAGACAGAAUGGUGUCCGGGUCCGGGAUCUGCGCGAAGAGGGUGGUGGUCGACGCUCGGCACCACAUGCUUGGGAGGCUGGCGUCCAUUAUUGCGAAGGAGCUGCUCAACGGGCAGAAAGUGGUGGUUGUGAGGUGCGAGGAGAUAUGUAUGUCGGGUGGGCUAGUGAGGCAGAAGAUGAAGUAUAUGAGGUUCCUCCGUAAGCGCAUGAACACCAAGCCGUCUCACGGCCCCAUCCACUUCCGCGCUCCUGCAAAGAUCUUUUGGCGCACCGUUCGUGGAAGUUUGUGGGAUGGUACAGCCGCAGAAAUAAAAAGAGAAAAACCAGCAACCUGGCCGAUGCUCUUAGCGGUGCUCGAAAUAGGCUGCAGGCAGUUGCUCUUCUUUUCUUCCACUUAAAAGAUCUAGCCAAAAAAAAAUUGCAAGCAUGGGCAAACAGAGCAUUGUUCAUUGUUCGUGAGUUCGUUCUGCAUUGUUUCAUGGGUUUCUUUCCUGAAAUCCUAUGGUUGUUUUUUCUUUCCCUAAUUUUUCUUGUUCAACGUUGAAAGAGCAGCAUCCUGAAUGAGGAUCAUUGUUGUAUUAUAUUUAUAUGAAUUUAAGACUAUUGGUUUCUUUUAAUAAAUGAAAUCUAUUUAU